AUGGGUCAUGGUCAUGGGGGACUCCCGCCGACGCUGCUUCUCCUUCUAUGUCUGCUCGUGCUUUCAGCGCAGGCGGCGGCGCGCAAGCACAGUCACAGGGCCGGCGAUCAUACUGACACUAGCGGCGGCGGCAGCAACGGGUCGUCUCCUUCGCCAACAACUAUGACCCAGCAGCUGUGGGUGUUCGGUGACUCGUACGCGGACACGGGGAACCUUGGCGACCUCGGGCGGGAGCUGACGCACGCGUGGUACGACCCCUACGGCGCCACCUUCCCCGGACGCCCCACCGGCCGCUUCUCCGACGGCCGCGUCCUCACCGACUUCAUAGCUUCGGCCAUGGGAAUGCCAACGCCGGUGGCGUACAAGCUGCGCCGGGGCGCCGCUCGCGGGCUGUUGGCGCGCGGCAUGAACUUCGCCGUCGGCGGCGCGGGCGUGCUGGACACCGGCAACUUCCAGCGCAAUAUCAGCGCGCAGAUCGACCUGUUCCAGGCGCAGCAGCAGCACCCUGCGGCGGCGGCGGCAGCAGCCCACGGCGGUGGGGUCGCGCUCGUCGUCGUCUCCGGCAACGACUACUCCUACGCCGCCGACAAGGACAACAGCACAAGCGCCGCGAUCGCGUACAUCCCGACGGUGGUGCGUGAGCUCGGGGAGCAGCUCCGGCGGCUGCGCGACGACGUCGGGAUGCGCAGGGUGGUGGUCACCAACCUGCACCCGCUGGGGUGCACGCCGCUCUUCACCCGCGCGCUCAACUACAGCGGCUGCGACCCGCUGGCCAACGCGGGCGCGGCGCAGCACAACGCGGCGCUCCAGUCCGUGCUCGCCGCGCUCGACCCGGCCAACCGCACCUUCUUCCUCCUCGACCUCAACGCGCCCUUCGCGGCUUUUGCCGACGCGCCACCGUCGGCGGCGGCGGCAAGCAGGUUCGAUGAGCCGAGGCGCCCGUGCUGCGAGACCUUCUUGAGCACCGCCGGCGGCGGCUACUGCGGCCAGCAGGACGACGACGGGAGGAGGCAGUACGCGCUGUGCGACGACCCCAGCAAACACUUCUACUGGGACAACGUCCACCCCACGCAGGCCGCCUGGGCCACGGUCGCCGAGACUUUCAGGCCCAAGAUCCGCGAGUUCCUUUCCAACUGA